AUGUCGACGUAUGCCGGCCCGCCUCUUCCAGAGCAUAUGAGCCCCGAUCUGAGGCGUAUCAUGGGGGCAGGCGAGCUGGCGGCCGGCGGGAGCUUGGUGACGCCGCCAGCCACGGACAGCAGCCGGAACAGCAGCACAGCGAACAACCGCGCUGUCACAGAAUCGGACCUUUCCGGAGGCCUGGAGGCGGAGAAGAUCCAGCCAAUUAUUCGAAAACGACGAGGGGGGAGCAGAAGGGCGUGCAAUGAGUGUAAACAGCAAAAGGCUCCAUCCUCCACAUGCUCGCGCUGCAGACGACUCCAGAUAGAAUGCAAGGUGGAGCCAUCGUUCAAACGCAUUUCGAAACGACGACGAAAUGCGGAAAUGGAAAGGGAGAUCGCCGAUCUUCGGCGUCGAUUGGCAGAGGCAGAUCGUGCCCAAGCAACUUUCGAUGCCAGUGCCAGUGACGAGCUGAAUCAGUCUUCAGAGGAUGUCUUCUAUGAUCCUCAUUCUCCCCCGCAGUCGACGCGGGCCCAAUCAAUCUCCGUCUCCGUUGACCAGCAGGCUUCGCGGCCCCUACCACCACAAGGGCCGGAUGACACGAUUCUCCCGCGGACCAACAAUGUCUGGCGUCUCGAAGAUAUCACGCUGUCGAGGGCCAGGGUCCUGCGGCUGUUUGAACAACCCAGAAGAGUAUCUCAGCUGUUCGGACCUGCUUGCCUGGUCGAUCAUUUGUGUCGCCAGUCGUCGAUGCCCGUCCGAACCAGGCCUCCUAGUGCCGUUAUCGGGGCCUCUCAGUCGACUCCUGUGGUCGACCAUCAGCAGUGUUCCGCAGAACUACCACGUCGUAAAGGCACUAUGUUUGCUCUGCACGUGGCCACUGCCCACGACGAGUCAGAGAAGCGACCAGACCUUUAUGCUCAGUGGCUUAAUGAUGCAGGUGGCCAUGCAGCUGGGCUUGCACCGCCCCGUCCAACCGGAAGAAUUCACCACGUUCCGGAUGGAGGUCCGGGGCGAAGAGCUGAAGGACAGAUUGCAGACGUGGGUUAUCUGCAACAUCGUCGCUCAGAAGUUAGUGUUGCCACCGGAUACGGCCAGCCUCCAGGCACGAUCUACGACUGGGCACUGGAGCCUGCGUCUCUCAAGAACGCCGAUUACCGUCUACCAGAUGAGUUGAAGACGCGGCUACGCAUUGAGAAGUUCUGCGACCGAGUCACGAGAAGCCUUUAUAGUGGCCGACCCGAACCAACCGAAUUCAUCAGCACAGAGAAGCUGCUGAUUGUUCGAAUCCUGGAGAACGAGCUCAGGGAAAUGGAACAGGAUUUUGGGGAAGACAUAUCACAAAUCAACAUGAUCCAUCUACGGGCGGCGGACCUGCAUCUGCGGUUCUUCGUCUUUCUCAGCUCCAAUGCCCGAAGCGACGACUUGACCAACCUGUUCCUCGCGACGACUUCGUUCCUCGGCCGGGUGCUGGAGCUCGAGACGUCGCCGGGGAAUCUGCUGGCGCACGCAACGAACUACAUCCUCCAGAUGAUCGUCUCGGCAGCGUUUGCGCUCAUGAAGCUGCUGAAGAGCUCCUUCUCGCGGCAGAUCGACUUUGACCACGGCAAGUUCCUGUUCAACGGAGCGAUCUCGUCGAUCCGGCGGAUCAGCGUGGUGGACAACGACCGACCUGUGCGUCUGGCGAAUGUGAUCUCGCAGAUGUGGAAUGCCGGAUGGUCGGGGUCAGCGUCGGGCGACGACGCGCUGCAGCUGAAGAUCCGCAGCCGCAUGAGCAUGAGCCAUGUGUACGACACGGUGUGGCGCUGGCGGCAGCGAUUCAAGCCGCAACAGAAGACGGAGGAUAACACACAGUCCGCCGUCCCGAAUAAUAAUCCAAGCAACUCGGCCGCUGGAGCGAUGGGGCCGCAGCAAGACAGUAAUAAUAAUUCCCUGGCGGACCCGACACUGAUGCUGUCGCCGAAUUUCGAUCAGAAUGGGGGGUUGAUGGGCGAAGCCAGCUUUUCGGACGUGUUUGACUCGCUGAACUGGGUGUUUGACGGGAUUCCGGAUUCGUUUGUCGGUCCGCCUGUUAUUUAA